AUGGCUGAUCAUGCCAACGCCAUUUAUGCGCACGUGAGGAGAUCAAGCGAAAGUGUCCAAGACCAGAUCAAUAACAUAGCAUACGUCAAGACAUUGGCACCAUUCGAGAUCCAUCCUACUUCCAUUGAUAUCUGGUGUAAUUAUCGACAAAUGUUACACCUCAUUGUGAAACACACUAUGUUACCGUGUCGAACAGAACUGGUAUUCGUGGAACACUUGGCGCAUAUUUUCGAUGCUCAUGUGUACCAUCCCUUUCUCUUGAGUACUCACAUGGAACGUCGGCUGUGCUACGUGGAAACCGCAGUGAACCUCGCAUACGAUGCUAUUAUGACUCUCCUUCACAAGUAUAGGUUGUGGUGCAAGGCAAUGAAAGAUGUCAAGCAGAAUCAUUUACAACCAGUUCUACACCGCAUACAGAAUUCUCCAGACAUUCUGCAGUCAAUCAGAGAACUUGAAGCCCAACAGGAAGCAGCCAAAGCUGUAAUGAGAAGAGAGCAUACCCCGGGCACUCAACCUCUUGAUGCAAGAGCAAGACUCGCUCUUGAGCAGACGAGCCGAAGCAAGCAAAUCCCAGCAAAGACGAAGACCAAAUUCAGACGAGAGCAGACUAUAUGA